AUGGUCUAUUACGGAACCCUCAGCGAGAUCACGAACGCCUACCAACCCAUGGUUGGUGUAUUCGACUAUAUGAGCUCCGCUCAUCAUCCUGACGUACAACGUGCACUUCAGCUAGCCUCCCUUCAACAAGGGCAGAGCGUCCUCGAGGUGGGUGCUGGCUCAGGUCGACUCAUCGCGGCUGCCAAGCAGGUUGUUGGUGAUGGAUUUUGCCUCGCUAUCGACGCCGUACAAGGCCUGCUCGACCUCGACAUUCCCUGGCAGCUCAGCAACGCAGGCCUCACGGUGUAUCCUCUCGGGACAAGCCAGCAACAAGUUCACCUUAUGCAUGCCAACGUUACCGAUGAUGCGCUGCGCGACCGCAUCGCUCAAGUGCCUCAGGCUCCUCCGUCCUUCGACUGCAUAUUCGCCCUACACCUCCUCAACACCAUCCCACCCGAUCAGCGUCUUGGCAUCCUCCGCAACUUGCACAAGCUGCUCAAACUUGAUGGACGCCUCAUUGUGUCGAUGUCCGCCCGCUUCGCCAACUUCGCGCCUUCGCCCGCUGAGUCCGCCGUCCCUGUGCAAUUCAGGACUUCGCCCUAUACAGAAGCACCAGGCUCGUUGCUUGUUAUGCGCUACAUGAACGGCCCAACCGUGCCUGUUCCUCGAGGCCUUGAUCGGCCGCUCAACAAAGUCUUUUUCGCUAUGCAACUGUCCCCCACUAGGUUUUGGUCGAUAGCCGUUCAGCAAGCUUCUGAGGCAGCCAAUGCAGCUGGCUUUGUGGUUGACAGGGCUCAUCACUUGGGUAAAGGCGACUGCUUUGGCCUCCCUGUCCUUGAUCCCUCUCUCCCUGCAUCGACGUUAGUGGACAUGUCCCACGUGCAGAUCAUCCAUCAGUUGCUGCCGCAGAACCAGUCUGGCUGGGCAUGCAGAGGUCGCACGAGCGCUAUUUGGAUUCCGCGCAUGGUCUUCAACUGGUUAUCAAUGUCUGUAGCUCAGCGGGAUUGUGCUAUCGUGGAAGUGUUGCAGGAACAUGCGUCCACAUUCAAGAGGAGGGUUGACGAGGCGGUCUUGCCCGGCAACGUGAUCGGUCAGGCUUCACAGCAUGAGCAGGUAGGCGUUAUUGUUAUUCUGCGAAAGGAAUGA